AUGGAGAAUCAGAUGAGGGUUGUAUUGAGAGCUAUUUUGAAAUUGUAUAAGCUAGUUAUUAGAUUACCUGAUAAGUCAACUCCUAGUGAAAUUAGAAACAAUCCAAGGUUUUAUCCUUAUUUUAAAGAUUGUAUUGAAGCAUUAGAUGAAACUCAUGUUCCUGCAUCCAUUCCACUUAGCAUUCAAGGAAGAUUUCGUAGCCGUAAAGGGGAGACGACACAAAGUGUAUUGGCUGCCAUUACAUUUGACUUGAAAUUUUCCUAUGUUCUAGCUGGUUGGGAAGGUAGUGCACAUGAUUCUCGUAUUUUAAGUAAUGCACUUUCAAGCCCAAGAGGAUUAAAAUUCCGGAAGGCACACAAUAAGUAUGAACCACUUUUGAAUAAAAGUAUUGAUCAUUAUGAUGAAAUGGCUUUGGUUGUUGGCAGAGAUAUGGCAACAGGGAUUUUUGCCAAAACAUUUGCUGACAUAAAUUUGGAUGAUGGUAACUGA